UUUAUUAGUUUAUAUAUAUCUAAUAUCAACGGUCGACUCAGGCAUUUGAAAUUCAAAAUUCAAAAUCUCACCCUUUCUAUCAAAAGGGCCUUCAAGAAGAAGAAAACGAAGAAGCAAAUCGCCAUUGAAACGCCAGAAUGGGAAGACUUGGAGUGAAAACUGACUAUGAAGAACUGCGCAACGCUCAAAUCAUGGAAAACAAGGCGCGAUUAGCCAGUCUUGGACUUCAAAAAGCUGUGGCAGAGCUUCGAUCGAUCAGAUCUAAACCACAAUCUGAGAAGAGAAAACACAACAAAGUUGACUACUUCUCAACCCCUUUGCGCCGAUCUAGUCGAUUGAAAGGAAACUCUUCUGAAUCGAAUUCAUGCGGCACUACGCCGCUAGCGAAAAGGAAAUUGGGGCUUUUUGAUGAUGAAGAUGAUGAAGAUGAUAUUGAGAAGAGACCAGCUAAUGCACCUCUGUUGAGAGUGAAAGAUGGCUUAACGCUGCGUCUUACUCCAGAAGCUUUAGCUCGGCGUUGCACAAGCAAGGACAGGGGAACGUUAUAUGACCCUUAUUUGGGUAUUUGCUGUCACUUUUGCAGGCAAAAGAAAUUAUGUGGUGAAGAAGACUGUAAGCGAUGUGGUGAUUCAGACAUGGAUCAACCUUGCUUAGGCAAGACAGAUUGUUCAAGUUGUCAUUCUAGCCAAGGUGUUCUUUGCCGAGGCUGUCUUAAGGUUCGAUAUGGUGAAGAAAUGGAGGAUGUGAGAGCAAAUAAAGAAUGGAUAUGUCCUCAUUGUACCGAAGAAAAAGGCAUCAAUCCAUAUUGGAUAUGUAAUAGCUCAUUGUGCCUAAAGAAGCGAAAGAUGGCUCCAACUGGGAUCGCCAUAUUCAGAGCUAGAGAGAUGGGAUACAAAUCAGUGGCACAUCUGUUAAUGGAUCAGCUUCAGGGAGCAGUGAAGGGUUGAUGAUAAACAAAAUUUAGUGCAUUGUUAACUUCUUGUUGGUGCAGUAAAAUUAGCUUCAGAAUGUAAAAAUGAAUGUUAUGAAGUCCAAUCACUGGUUGUGUAAUGGCAAGGAUCCUCAUAUUGAAAUUUAUGCCACCCUUUCGUUUGAGGUUAUAUCGAAGCAAACACUUGUGGAAUUACAUUGAGUAUGUUGUUGUCCACAACAAUUUUAUCCGUUAUAAAGCCUGAAUCUUGCUCAGGAAAUUUGUUCAAAA